GAAAUUCCCACCAUGUUAUCUCUUUCUUCGUUCAUACCCUCAAAUUCAUUCACAAAUGCAGCAUUCACAAUUGUAUUCUAUGUCGCUCUACCGGCUUUUCUGUUUCUCUAUCUCAUCCGAUCAUAUCCUCGAAUUUCCAAGAUUUACCUUGCCGUGGCAUACUACGCAUGCGUUCUCGGUCGCUUUGCAGCUACCAAAUUCGUUUUUUGGAUUCUGAAGUGGGUAUUCACUCAGAUUCUCCGUGGAUGCAAAGCCCUGGCUUGGUUCGGCUUCUAUGUCCAUUUUUUCGUGGCUGGAAUGAACUUCGUGCUACAAGGGUAUAACAGCUCGCUGGAUUUCUUAGCGGGAUUUGGGAAGGCUAUGGAAGAGGCUCAAGAGGAACGGGAGCGCGAAGCGGAGGCACGAAAACGAGAAGAGAGAGCACGCGCUGCUCAUCCAGCUAAUUCAGCUGGAGAUGAACAAAAACCCAAAGACAGCCAUAAAAAGUCGAAACGGAAACGGUGAUUAUCAAAACACUCAAUCAAAAGGGACGACCCAUUUCUUGAUGCUGCCAGCAUGGAUUAACCGUCCACCAACACUACACGAACUCCAUGUCGACAAUGAAGCUCCUCUCGGUUCUGUACCAGGUGCCAUGAGAUUCGUGAUGCGCUGUCCGAGGACACGAAAUCCAAAUCUACGCGUUGUACAACUUACAGCUUUCACGAAUCUUUACAUUGAUUUUAUCCUCUUCAAUUCAAAGGGGAGAUACCCAUUUCUGUUAGUCC